AUGUUUGGUCGGCAUUCCCAAUCGGUGAUUGGUAGCGGCUCUGUUCCCGCUGAUGAAGCUCCUGUCUCUGCCUCCGCAACGUCCGGUAACAUUCCUUACGAAGAUAUAGACGAAAUCCCUCACCCCCACUCCCUCUAUGUUAACGGUUCUGCCUCCGAUUUGAUUCCCGAUGGCUCUCAAUUGGUGCCUCACCGAUCCGAAUUACUUGUUUCCCGUCCCCCGAAUCAGCUUACGAUCUCGUUCCGGGGACAGGUUUACGUUUUUGAUGCCGUUGCUCCUGACAAGGUUGAUGCUGUCUUGUCGCUAUUGAGUGGUUCUACCGAGCUCUCUGCUGGUCCGCAGGUGAUGGAACUAGCUCACCAGAAUCAUAUGCCUGUUGUAGAAUACCAGAACCGCUGUAGCCUUCCACAACGGGCACAAUCCUUGGAUAGGUUUCGGAAGAAGAGGAAUGCUAGAUGUUUCGAGAAGAAAGUAAGAUAUGGUGUUCGCCAGGAAGUGGCGUUAAGAAUGGCACGUAACAAAGGUCAAUUUACCUCUUCAAAGAUGACAGAUGGGGCUUAUAACUCGUGCACUGAUCAAGAUUCUGCACAAGAUGAUGGUCAUCCAGAAAUAUCGUGUACCCAUUGUGGCAUUAGUUCCAAAUGUACACCAAUGAUGCGUCGUGGCCCUUCGGGACCCAGGUCUCUCUGCAAUGCCUGUGGACUUUUUUGGUCUAACAGGGGUACAUUGAGGGAUCUUUUCAAGAAAACAGAAGAGAAUCAGUUGGCUGUAAUAAAACCUGGCGAGGGAGGGAGUGAUGCCGAUGCUGGACCUGCAACUGUUGAAGAACACACUGUCUUGGAUUCUCUUGCUAAUGGGGGAAAAAUCUAA